GCCGCCCUGAGUCACUGCCUGCGCAGCUCCGACCGCCUGGCUCCCCGUGCUAGCCACCGAUAUUUGGAGUUCUUACAACAUGGCAGACAUUGACAACAAAGAACAGUCUGAACUUGAUCAAGAUUUGGAUGAUGUUGAAGAAGUAGAAGAAGAAGAAACUGGUGAAGAAACAAAAAUCAAAGCGCGUCAGCUGACUGUUCAGAUGAUGCAAAAUCCUCAGAUUCUUGCAGCCCUUCAAGAAAGACUUGAUGGUCUGGUAGAAACACCAACAGGAUACAUUGAAAGCUUGCCUAGGGUAGUUAAAAGACGAGUGAAUGCUCUCAAAAAUCUUCAAGUUAAAUGUGCACAGAUAGAAGCCAAAUUCUAUGAGGAAGUUCAUGAUCUUGAAAGAAAGUAUGCUGUUCUCUAUCAGCCUCUAUUUGAUAAGCGAUUUGAGAUCAUUAAUGCAAUUUAUGAACCUACGGAAGAAGAAUGUGAAUGGAAACCAGAUGAGGAGGAUGAAAUUUCGGAGGAGCUGAAAGAAAAAGCCAAGAUUGAAGAUGAGAAAAAGGAUGAAGAAAAAGAAGACCCCAAGGGAAUUCCUGAAUUCUGGUUGACUGUUUUUAAGAACGUUGACUUGCUCAGUGAUAUGGUUCAGGAACAUGAUGAACCUAUUUUGAAGCACUUGAAAGAUAUUAAAGUGAAGUUCUCAGAUGCUGGCCAGCCCAUGAGUUUUGUCUUAGAAUUUCACUUUGAACCCAAUGAAUAUUUCACAAAUGAAGUGUUGACAAAGACAUAUAGGAUGAGGUCAGAACCAGAUGAUUCUGAUCCCUUUUCUUUCGAUGGACCAGAAAUUAUGGGUUGUACAGGGUGCCAGAUAGAUUGGAAAAAAGGAAAGAAUGUCACUUUGAAAACCAUUAAGAAGAAACAGAAACACAAGGGACGUGGGACAGUUCGUACUGUGACCAAAACUGUUUCCAAUGACUCUUUCUUUAAUUUUUUUGCCCCUCCUGAAGUUCCUGAAAGUGGAGAUCUGGAUGAUGAUGCUGAAGCUAUCCUUGCUGCAGACUUUGAAAUUGGUCACUUUUUACGUGAGCGUAUAAUCCCAAGAUCAGUGUUAUACUUUACUGGAGAAGCUAUCGAAGAUGAUGAUGAUGAUUAUGAUGAAGAAGGUGAAGAAGCAGAUGAGGAAGGGGAAGAAGAAGGAGAUGAGGAAAAUGAUCCAGACUAUGACUCAAAGAAGGAUCAAAACCCAGCAGAGUGCAAGCAGCAGUGAAGCAGGAUGGUCUACCUUCUGCUUCCCUGGAAAGGAUGAAUUUACAUCAUUUGACAAGCCUUUUGCAAGUUUUUUUGUUAUUGUUUGUUUGCUUGUUUUUGUUUUUGCAGCCUAAAAUAAAAAUGUCAAAU